GGUGUUUUUCCUCUCUCGCUCACUUCCUCCGAUCGACUCGCCUGCGGCGGCGCCGGCGACCAGCGACCAGCGGCGAUGCGGGUCGCACCCAAGGUGCUCUUCCUCGUCCGCGACGCCGCGGGAUACGGCGCGGCCCUCGCCGACUCGCUCCGUCCGCGGACCGGGCUAACGAGGGAGUCCUCGCCCUUCGAGCUUGCCCUUGACAAGUACGGCCUCCACGGAGAGAAGGCGUCCGGCGAGCUCCUGAGCUUUUCCGAUUCCAAUGGCUCUCCACAGGUGUCCAUUUUUGUUCUGCCAGACUAUAAGCCCCCUCUUGCAGCGUGUGUUGUAAAUGAGGUCUUGGAACUGAUUUCUUCUGAAGCUACCUCCACUGAGCGAAUUCUAAUUGUCCCAUUCAUCACAAGAUCGUCAAGCUAUCAUCGUGGAAUGGAACAUGCGACAAAAGCAUCGCCUGUACUUCAUGGUGCUGAAAUAGGGGCAACAACUGACUAUACUCACUUGUUUGUUGGUGGGACCACUAAACCUCCUACAUUCUUGCAAAUACGUAGUGAACCAAUAUUAUGUUUGCUGGAAAUGGUGCGCGUGUUGAGGAUGCCUACAGUUCUUCUUGUCACUUCUGGUGGGCAGCAACAAGGCAAGAGCUCUACAGUUUCUGAUCUUGAGGUACUGCAAUGCUUAGGAGAGCACUUGGCCAAGCACAUGGCUUUGGAGUUCUCCAAAGAAACUGUUCUCAAGAGAGGGAUCGAAAAAUCACCAAUUGAUCAGGAACCCUGGCGCGAGCUGUAUGGGUGACGGUGCCCUCAGACAGUCAGAAAUUAGCUUAAGUGGCCCGUACAUGUUUUACUCGGAUGAACUGUGCUGUGUUAUUGAGCUGGAAUCACGAAGGAUCUGGUCUGUUGAAAUCACUAUAUAUAAUGUGGUUCCUUCCAUCUUUCGCCUGGGCAAAUUAAUUCAUAAGCAAGAGAUUAAUGUCCUAGCACUUGUAGACUCUUUGCAGUUAAAUAUUAAAAGAAAUACAUUUACACCUCUAACCUUUUGGAGAAUAGUAUUCAAAGGUCAGGUUUAUUGCC